GUCUUUAUUUGUCUCCAGUUCCUUGCCUCCGUCGGUUCGCCGCUUGCGUUAUCAUCAUCAUCCCACUCGCAUCAGGUCGGCAUUUACUAUCUCACGUUCGCACACACUCUCCACGGUGCAACGAAACGUUCGCAUCCCAAAUUUAUCGUGUGAGGCGUGUACACUUUUUUUAAAUAAGUAUACCGAUUUUGCAAUCGCGUCGAGCAAUUUUCAUUCCUCCAGACGCUAGAGCGUAUAUAUGUAUACCCUUAUAGGCGCAAGAGUGUAAAUUAAAAAAAAAAAAAAAGUGCGAGAGAGAACGAGGAAAACAUCUCGGUGUGCGCUCAUUUCGUACCGCACGUAUACGGAUCGCGAGGCUGGAAAACCCCAACGCGCAGGAGUCAUCGACGCUGGUGCGCCAAAAGUGCUUUGCAUGUAAAAUAUAUGUAAAAUAUAUGUAAAAUAUUGCGCGUAAAGUGUGGUGAGUGUAAAAAAGUGUAUGUUUUAUACAGCUUUUUGAAAAAAGAAAAGAAAUCGGCAACGAUGAUCGGUAAUAGUCAGUAAUAAAUGAGAUCGCGGCGAGUGUAGUAAGUGAUAUUUAAAAACAACACACGUCAAAUAUACACACGAGCGUAAGCGUAUAUACACCUGGCCAUAGCCAAAGAUGGCAAGCGCGCGCGAGAUAAGCCAGUUUUAUCGGGAGAGGGCGAGCCCAUGUUAGUGCCCCGGCGGGCAUGCACGUACGCGGCUUUGGCGACGAGCACUGGGGAGUAUGGCCCAGGCGUACGGCACCGUCAUCCUCGAAGUCGAUGUUCUGGAGGACAAGCAGCGGCCGGCGGAGGAGCCGGCAAAGGGCCCCACAGCCGCUGUGCAUCGGGCCUCGAAAGUCGAGGAGUCGAAUUGCGGGGUGUACUCGGACGCCGACGAGGACGGAGAUGGGUCGAGCACGUCCUCGAGCGACGCCGAGGCAGAAGAGGCGCCCGAGGAGGAGUUGGCGGGCAAAGGGUGGUUGGCCCACCGGAUGAACGGCGUGGCCCUGCCCAGCGUCGAGCCGCCCAACUUCGGCAACGUCAAGGUCGAGAACUCGACCAACGUGCAUCUGGGCAACAGGACGUUCUACAAGGGCCCGGUCACCAUUAAACAGGUCGUUUACGCGUCCAACACGACGACGGCGGUCGUGGACAGCAAGAACGGGGCUGUGACGGACAGCGGGACCACGAGUCUGGACGGCUCCUCGGUCACGUUUUGCGAGCAACCGGCUUGGAAGGGCGCCAGAGUGUCGAGGUUCGUUUGGAGGCAUCGAUGUACCAUAGCUGUGGCUACGGUCGCAGUGAUAGUUGUCGCGCUAAUAACAACGAUAGCCCUGCAGCUGUCAGGUAUUGCCGACUCGACGAAACGGGUACUCCAAGCUUUUCCCAACGACACGUCGAUAAACAAUGAUCCGACGUUCGAGGGUGUACGUAUCGUUUCGAGGGUCGAGUGGGUGGCCCAACCCCCCGUUAAACCACCGGCACCCUUAAAGGUCCAUCCCGCCGUUUACGUGAUAAUAAGCCACACGGCGACGAUUCCUUGCUUCACCCAGGCCCAGUGCGUUCUUAACGUACGCUACGCCCAAACGUUUCACAUCGAGUCCAAAGGGUGGAACGACAUUUCUUACAACUUUUUGGUCGGCGGCGAUGGUUUGGUGUACGAGGGCCGAGGCUGGGGCAUCGAGGGGGCCCACACGUUUAACUACAACAUCAAGAGCAUCGGCAUCUCGUUCAUCGGGACGUUCAACAGCGAGAAGCCGACCAACGCCCAGGUCCACGCGGCCAAGAAGCUGAUCGAGCUUGGGGUGGAAAAAGGCGAGAUCAGCCCGGAUUACAAGUUGCUGGGGCACAGGCAGUGCAUCAAGACCGAGAGCCCCGGCCAGGUGCUGUACGAAAUCAUCCAGACCUGGGACCACUGGUCGCCCACUCCGUGAUAAGGCCAUAAUCAACCGAGUGAUCGUUUUUUUUUCGAUAACGAAUACAUUUUUACGCCUUCGUCGACUGAUGGCCAUACACUUACAAGCUAUGUACAAAAAGUUACUCAUCGAACCUGAUUAAUCAUUUUCGAUGCGUCGUACUGAUAUACGUAUAUAGUUAUUUGAUCCUCAUGUAUCACAAAGCGGUGUUAUUUGUGCUUAAAAAAAAUCAACUCGUACAUGAUUAUUUAUUGUUACAAUGUUUCACCAUCAUCAUCAUCAUUAUAUUAUACUCGAAUGAGAUGCGGAAGGAGAAAGGUAUGUCCAAGCGACGUGUUUAUAGUUUACCAUAUUGUGUUAUGAGCGAUUCGAUUAGAUUUUUUUCAAUACGCGCUGUUGCGCAAUACCGUCAUGUAUACUUAUGGUGUGAAAAGUAUCAUUUUUUGAAUACACUUUAUUGUUUUAUAAUGGAAAUUUGGAAUUUUUAUUAAAAAGUCCAUAAUAUACUCCGUUAUUUAGCACUUAUCCUUAUAGUACGCGAUGUAUAUAUAUCCCAUAAAUUCUGUGAACCGACACCCACGAGUAUAUUUUUUUAGG